AUGCGUCUGCCUUUUCAUCUUCCUGGUCAACAAAAUGUAGUUUAUGGUGAAGAUGAUGACAUUGACGAUGUUCUUAGCAAACCAUCUGUUGUUUCAACUAUCUUCUUAUCUUGGAUGAAGUGUAACGAACGAUUACCUCAGGCACGUCAACUUACUUAUGUUGAAUUUCCAUCAAAGUUUGUUUUUAAAACGAGUUCUCGAAGUUGGGAAAUAAGGAAAAGAUAUUCUUCAAUCGGUAGGAUUCAUUCUGUCUUCCCUUCAACCGGUGAAGCUUAUUAUCUAAGAAUAUUGUUGAACAAAGUAAAGGGACCAAAAUCAUUUGAAGAUAUUCGGACUGUAAACGGUCGAUUAUAUCCUACGUUUAGAGAUGCAUGCUAUGCUUAUGGGCUUUUGGAUGAUGACAACGAGUAUGUUGAAGCGAUUAAAGAAGCAAACGUUUAUGGCACUGCUUCUUAUAUACGAACUUUAUUUGGAACAAUGUUGAUGUCUGGUAGUUUGUCUAGACCUGAUUUUGUAUGGGACCACACAUGGAAAUAUUUAUCAGACGACAUUGUAUACAGACAAGAAAAAGAGUUAGACGUUGAAGAUUUAAAUUACUCUGACGCUCAGAUUAAGAAUUUUGCGUUGUUAGAAGUUGAGAAAUUCUUACUUCGUAAAAACUCCUCGCUCAGAAACUUUGCAACAAUGCCGUAUCCAGACGGUGAAUCUAUUUCUUCAGCUAAUAAUCAUUUGAUUCACGAAGAGCUAUCUUACAACAAUGCUACUCUGGAAGAUGAGUUACGUUGUAUGUUGGCAGCUUUAACUGACGAACGACAUGUUUUUGAUGUAUUUACGGAUGCUGUUAGAAUAAAUAAAGGAGGGGUGUUUUUCCUUUAUGGAUAUGGUGGGACUGGUAAGACUUAUCUAUGGAAGACAUUAUCAUCGGCCAUCCGAAGUAAAGGUGAAAUUGUAUUAAAUGUUGCGUCAAGUGGUAUUGCGUCUUUGCUACUAUCAGGAGGUAGAACAGCACAUUCUAGAUUUGCCAUUCCUUUGAAUUUAAAUGAAGAUUCUCUUAUUAUUUGGGAUGAAGCUCCAAUGAUUCACAAACAUGCAUUUGAAGCUUUGGAUAGAACCUUAAAAGACAUACUUAUGUCUGAUUCUUCAGAGAACGUAUCUUUACCAUUCGGAGGAAAGAGCAAUUGCAAAUUACUAAAGCUAAAAAAGAAUAUGAGGUUACCUGUUGGGAUGGAUGAUGCUGAUAUUGAAAAAACAAAAGAAUUUGCAAAUUGGCUUUUGGAUAUUGGUGAGGGCAAGGUUGGUGGUCGAAAUGAUGGUGAGGUUGUUAUUGACAUUCCGGAAGAACUCUUGAUUACUGAUUCCAUUGAUCCAGUUGGUAUGCCGAAUCACAGAUUAGUUUUAAAGGUUGGUAUUCCAAUAAUGCUUUUACUAAACCUAGAUCAGAAAAAUGGUCUAUGCAAUGGUACAAGAUUACAAGUCGUUACACUUGGUGAUCGGAUUAUUGAAGCAAAGGUCAUUUCUGGAAGUAACGCUGGAACAAGAACUUUUAUUCCACGGAUUAAUUUGUCACCAUCAGACAAACGAAUACUAUUUAAGCUACAAAGAAGACAGUUCCCAGUUUCAGUUUGUUUUGCCAUGACAAUAAACAAAAGCCAGGGGCAGUCGCUAUCGAAAGUUGGUUUGUUUCUAAGGCAGCCUGUUUUUACUCAUGGACAACUCUACGUGGCACUGUCAAGAGUCAAAAGCAUGGACGGCUUAAAACUUUUAGUUUUAGAUGUUGACUGGAAGAUUACGAAUAAAACUACUAAUGUUGUAUACAAAGAGAUAUUUACAAAUUUAUAG